UCUGUCGGCAAAUGAAGACGGCGUUGUUCAGGCGGUAAUUGUCGUCUCUAUUGCUCGCCGACAAUGCCCGAGUAGAUCUCAUGUUCAGGGCUUCUCGGCAGUGACAGGAAGCGGCCGAGGCGUUGGCGGGGAGCGGGACGCCAGUGACGUUUGGCGUAGAGCUGUCUUGCCAAACAUUAAACGUUCAGGUUCGCUUGAGCUACACCUUCGACUACUGCAAUACGAUAACAUCGGCGACUGCAGAAGCGCACAUAACUUACCAACCGAUACAGAAACACCCUUUUGACAGCCGCCGCCAAUAUGUCGUCCGACUCCCUCGCCGUCUUCCGCAAGAGCAUGGGCCCCGAGCUCGCCAAGCUCGCGGACCAACACAUGCAACACGACCUCCGACAAUCCGACCGCGACGCCCUGCAAAAAGCCGCCGGCACCGUAAGCACCCACACCGGCGUCGGCAGCCUGCUCGGCAUCGCCCUCGGCAUCUUCCUCGCCUACCGCAUCCGCAGCAACCGCGCCGCCAUGUUCAACGCCUUCAAGACGGCCGAUCAACCCGUCGCCGUCAAGUUCGCCGGCGGCAAGGAAGAAGCCAUCCCCGACUUGACCCCCCUCUUGCGACCCAGCACGCUGGGUGACGUGGCGACGUACAGUCUCCUCGGCGCGGGCGGCUUGUUCUUUGGGGGGGAGACGGGGCUUUUGACGGGCACGUUCCGGGCACGGCAGCAGAUUGGCGCGGAUCGGGAGAGUAGGGAGCGGAUUGAGACGGCGUUUCGGAAGUUCCGCGCUGAUGCGUUGAGGGCGCAGGCGAAUUUGUUGGAUCAGUCUGGGAGGGGUGAUGCGUGGAGUUUGACGUGA